AAAGCACCUCAUCCAAAUGGUUCACAAUUGAACACAUUGCAGCAAAUUCUCAACUGCACAAUGGCGGCGCCGGUGAAAGUGUACGGCCCUCCCUUCUCCACCGCCGUGGCAAGGGUUAUGGUCACUCUCCUUGAGAAAGAUGUCCCCUUUCAGCUCCUUCCUGUUAACAUGGCCAAAGGUGAACACAAGAAGCCCGAUUACCUCAAAAUUCAGCCAUUUGGACAAGUACCAGCAUUUCAAGAUGAAGGGGUUACUAUCUUUGAAUCCCGAGCCAUCUCAAGAUACGUUUGUGACAAAUAUGCGAACCAAGGAAACAGAGGACUCUUUGGAACAAAUCCUUUAGAGAAGGCAUCAAUUGAUCAAUGGCUAGAGGCUGAAGGGCAGAACUUCAAUCCACCAAGCUCCAUCCUCGUCUUCCAACUAACCUUUGCCCCGAGGAUGAAGAUCAAGCAAGACGAGAAUUUGAUCAAGCAGAAUGAAGCUAAGCUUGCCAGCGUGCUGGAUGUGUACGACAGGAGGUUGAACGAGAGUAGGUACUUGGCUGGUGACGACUUCACGCUUGCGGAUCUUUCCCACCUGCCCAAUGCGCAGUACCUGAAUGGGACCGAUGUUGGGGAGCUCUUCAGGACAAGGAAGAACGUCGAGAGGUGGUGGGGCGAGGUUUCAAACCGAGAGUCAUGGAAGAAGGUUCUUGAAAUGCAGAGUCCACCAGCUCCAAAAAAGGCAUGAAAGGUUGAUGUUUUAUGAUGCUUUUGCUUAGGCCAAGUCUGAAUGAGUGUCAAUAAAGUGAGGCAAUUCCUAACCUCUGUUUGAAUCUUAUUGCUGUUAGUGAAAUCUUUUUAUAUUA